CGUCGUCCACUUUUAAAUCUUGAUCUCUCUCCUAUUCCUCCAAGGAAACUUCCGAAGCUUUCUUCCUCUCUUCUCCGAUUCCUUCUCCCUUUCUCUUUAAUCCGAUCCUCCCUUUUCCUCCCAUGAGGAAGCUCUAGAGGAGGCACCUUGGCUCUCUUCAAACCGAUUCAAAUAGAGGGCAAAGGGGUUGGUUUCCUUGCUUAUGGGGUGCUUUCUUGCCUGCUUUGGGGGUGCCAAGGAUCGAAAGAGACGAAGACCAGGAAAUAAAACGCUAUCAGUAGAUCGGGUAUGCGAGAGUUACAAGCCUCUGCGACGGAGUCCUACUCCGAAGCAACUCACACCGAGUCCUCCAAAGAAACCUGUCUCAGAAGCAGUGUUAGAUUCAACUUCGGAGCUGAGAGAUAAUUAUGAACAGGGGAGCUUUAGCAGCAGCAAGAAGAAAGUAACAUUUGAUUUGAACGUAAGAACAUAUGCAGAGAUCUUAGUCGAUGAAGAUCCAGGGCAUUCAUCGGAGGAUAACAAAGAGGAUGAAGCGACAGGAGAAGGAAGGAAGACUGAGGAAGGUGAUGGUAAAUCUAUUCCAAAGUCGGGAGCUGCUUUCCCCUCAAAGCAUAGGUAUCAAAAUUGCGGAAGUAGCGAUGAUGAUGAUGAUGGUGAUGAUAUUGGCUACGGUGAUGAAGAAGAAGACUUCGAGGAGGAGGAGGAUUAUGAGGACUCUGAUUUAGAUGAGGAAGAUGGUGCUGUCAUCAUAGAGGGAAAUGAGGAAGAGUCUUAUGAUUCUUUUUUUUCGCUACCGAUGGAGAAAGAACAUCAGUGUAUUCAGGAAGUUAACAGUCCAAAACCCAAGAGCGUCUCUUCCCCUGAUAGACAGCCAUCCCUUUUGGCCAUAGGUACUGCACGCGACAGGAGCCAAUAUGUCCAUUCUGUGCUGAAUCCUGUAGAAAAUCUCACUCAGUGGAAGGAAGUUAAGGUGCGCGCAGCUCCAAUGAAGAAUCCGAAGAAGGAAAAUAUCAAUUCAGUCAUAGAGAACAAGAUGACUUUCACUCCUGAGUCUACAUUUAAGAUCGAGAAGUUCGAAAAGCUUGCUAGUUCAAAUCCAAGUCCUAAUUGCCCUGCCAAACAGGAUGUUGCAGUGGAUGCUAGCCUGUCUAACUGGCUGGUCUCGUCGGAUAAUUCAACCAAGGAAGACCCCCAGAAAAGCAAUUCUCAUUUCUCCAACUCAUCGGUCAGUCGAGAGGAUCGACCUAUUUUAGGUGCCUUAACUGUUGAAGAUCUGAAACAAUCAUCAGUGACAUCGUCGCCGAGAAGGUCCCCGAGCAGGAGUCCUGAUGAAAUCCCCAUUGUGGGUACUGUUGGUAGUUACUGGAGCUGUAUAAACCAGAGAAGUGAUUCAGGUUCUUCUUGUCAAUCUGGUUCGGAGAUCAAAGGGAUUCCAAAUACCACAAGCAAAUACAAGGAGGACAAGAGAGUGAACUGGCACGCUACUCCUUUUGAGGUAAGGCUGGAAAGAGCUCUCAACAAAGGUGCUGCAGCUUAAGCUCUUGCCCAAGUGGCUGUGCUCUUGGUGGAUUCUGAUAUGUGAGUUGAAUUGUUGUGUGAUUACCAGUUGAAUUGUUGUGUGAUUACCAAAGUUGUUUCCUUUUUCCUCAUCAUCAUGUGGCCUGAUACUUUCCACUUUUCGAAUUACACUGAGCAAAGUUGUCCCUAAAGCUUAUCUGGAUCAUCCUUUCAGUCCAAGUUCAGUGUGAAUCCAACUGUUCUACUGUAUCUUCUAUCACCAUCUGAUGGGUUAUGAUGUCGCUUUGUACUGUCAAUAAGGUGUUGUGUCUUCAUUCAUGUCUGUGUGAGAAGCAAACAAUAACUGAAAUCAAGCGCAGUGUUGAGAUAUGUACCAGUUGAUUUUAUUUUUUCCUAUUCAGAGACAAGAUUUGUAAUGAACUAUUCUUGAUAGAUGGUAUACAUAAAAGUAUGUAACAAGUGGAGC